UAAUCUUUACUCAACUGGAAUAUUAAAAGUUUUCAAAAUCAUCGCCAUCUUUUGGCAGGCGAAAGUGAAGAUUAACGACUUUUUUCUUUUUGAAAAAGAGUACAAAACAUAAGAUACUUUAUUGUGUUCGUUAUUAAGGAUUAAACAUUUUGUUUCUUGGUUAUCUUUACCCUUUCAGUCAACAAAGAUGAGUACUCCAAUGAUAAAGACUCCCUUACGGGACCGUAAUCGGUGCCAGUCUCAGAAUAAUAAAGAGUACCACAUGAACCGAGAGUUGAUGGAUAUGAGAAAAAAAUAUAACAAUGAAAGAGCUCGAGCUGAUGACAUGGAACUGGAAGCAAAAAGCAAGGAUUCUGUGAUAAGAAAACUUCGAGAAGAGCUGGAAGUUGUCAGAAAAAGAGUUCACCUACAAAAUGACGAGAUGGCCAACAUGGUUAGCCUGGAAGUCCAUGACAAACUCAAAAGUGAGUUCGAAGUGCUCAAAGUCAAACAUGAGUCUAUUUCAAGUGAUCUAAAGUUUGCUCAAAGUCAAGUUAAGGAUUUGGAAGAAGAACUUCGCUCCUCGUGGAAUAGUAACCAGGAUCUUAGUGCUAAAUUUGAAGGUGCCAUGAAGGACAUGGAAAAUAUUGCAAAGGAAUUUGUUGAUUAUACAGAUCUAAAAGCCAAAUAUGAAGAUCUACUGCAAAGAUAUAAAUUAGUUUCUGUUGAAAAUGAGGAACUACAACAGACUUUGGAAAGUCUCAAAGAACAACGCAAAGAAGAUUUGUUAAAUGAAUCAGGAAUCUUCACACCACUCAGCGUUGAAGCUCCUGCUCUAGAUGCCGAACCAAUUUCCCUUUUCACCGAAAUGAUGAUGAAAGACCAAGAAGAAGAAUUGGAAAAAGUGAAAAUUUCAAAUGAUAGGAUGAAGAACGAACUUGACGAGCUCAAGACAAAACUGUUAAGCAUGGAUCGACUGCAGCAAGAAGUGGAAACUUUAAACGCUCAAUUAAACUUGACUAAAAGCCGAUUAAGUGACUCUUAUCGUGAUCUAAAGAAUUGCAUUACUAAAAGAGAGGCUGAUAAAAGAAGGUCCGCAGAGCAAAUUAAAAAAUUGGAACAAAAGUCUACAAUAUGGGAGAAGGAAUUGACAUCAUUAAGGAAAACCUGUAAUGAUUUGAUUACUCGCAAUGGUGAACUCACGAAAAGGUGUUCAGACCUCGAAGAGAUCGUUCAUGAAUUGUCUCGUAAAAAUACCGAAUUGCAGGAUGAGGUUAAGAUACUUGAUGAAUCUUUUAUCAUGGAAAGAAGGACAAAAGAACGAUUUGCCGAAGAAAACCGACAUCUAGAAAAAAUGUUACAAAGAGAACAAUUUAUUCUUUCUCAAUCUGUCAGAAUGCCACCACCACCACCUCCAUCAUCAUCUUCAUCCUAUCAAUCAUCAAAUACCUUAUCUAAUACAAACCAAAUCAAUCCCAAUGCUACCUUCAGCAUUAGCACUCCUAUUUGCCCGAAAGCAGUGAAAAAUUCAGCUAAUCACACUCAUUACGCCUCAUCAUCGAUUUCAUCUGCCAGUUCAACUCGAUCAUCCCAAUUUGAAUCAAUUAAAAAAAGGCGUCCUCUUCCUCCAGGAACUGGACGUGCAUUGGCGAUGGCUGAUGAAGAAGGUGAAUUCAUGGAUCCUCGAAAUUUAACUGAUCUCAAAAAUGGCCGAUGUGAACCUGAUCCUGAAGAUCCAAUGAAGAGAUUAAGUAUCCUUCAAGGACGUAAUUCACUUUGCCGGCCGCAUUUAAAGUCAUCUUAUCCUGUAGAAAUGCAAGACGUAAACAUAACUGAAAUUGCAAUUAAACAAGGAUCAUCGAAUCAAUCAAGACUAAGAGCAGAAACUUUUACAAUUCCUUUCAAAUAAACCUGACUUAUCUAUUUUUCCUUGGUGAUUUAUCUGUAAAAUCAAAUUUGAAAUAUUCCAACCAGAAACUUACCAUUCUCAACAAGAUUAAUCUGAUCAACUUGAUUAAUUGACACAAUGUAAAUCUAUUUUUUAUUAAACCAUUUUCUCUAUUUGAUCGAUUUGGAAA